AUGGAGAAAGGGAAUGACCACUCCAGCUUUGUUAUCGAAGCACUACACAACUACGGAGUUAUCAAUUUGAACGUUUCGGGAGAACAAAUGAAAGAGACUGUUAACCCCUUUAAAACGAAUGGAAUGAUUAAGACAAGAGAACCUAUGACGGUACUCAGGUGUAACACGACGCAACAAAUCACACAACCACUUUUUAACCCAAACAACGCCAAAAUGGAUUGCGAAAUGGCGGACUUCGAACACCCAGCAAAAACAACACAAAUUGUCACUGAGGAGUCAGACGACUUGUCACCUAUCAGUAAAUUACCGGAAGACAAUGUACUCGAUUUCAGAGAAGUUGAAAUGACAAGCAAAGCGGACCGAAGUGAAAUAUUUGACGAAGACGGGAGGAUCUCGCCAAUUAAAUUUGAAACAGCGCAAGAAGACAGAAAGAGAGAUUGUAUAGUCACAACAAAUUGUGUAAAGAAAAAGGUGGAUAUGUGUGUUACCAUAAGUGGAAAUGGAAAUACUACCUAUCCUGUGUGUCCAUCCCUUGUUGAUAAAAUAGCGUAUUUGUCGACCGCAAUUAAAGAAAUGACUUCUAUUGGAGAGUACCUCAAAGAACUGAGUCGACUCAAUAAGAACGAAUACGUUCAAGUUUUGUUCGAUGGGACUGCAUACUAUGAAGGCGUCCAAAACAUGAAAGAUGCACUUAAGAGACCAAACGUGUCGGUCAUAUUUCAAACAGAAAACGCCGUAUUUGGGGUGAAUCACGUGAAACCAGUUGGUGUGGAAUGGAACGAAGACGAACAGAUAUCAGCGUUCUGUUUGAAAGGCGUUGGUCUUCAACAACCAGUACUCUUCAGAAGUUAUUCAACCCUUUCUUCAAGACUCUUUGGCCAUUAUUAUGAUGUGCUCGGGUUUUGUCAAUUUGACAUGAACCGGGCGGUGGUCGAGAUUUCAUCCAAAUUCCAAAUCCACUUUAUCGACUUUACAGGUCUCGGAAUUUCAAUCUUUGGGUGCAAACAAACAAAGUCAUUGUUUGUGCGCAGCUUUGCUGUUGUUGAGUGGACUUAA